CUGAUCACAGCAAUCCUUCCGUAGCCACAAUGGGUGCUACGCGCGUUGUAUGAAUGUUGUGCCGUAUACAUGAUGCUUUUGCGCGGUACUCGUAGCACUUAUACCAAUAAGAGGAGCGGUAGGCCGCGACAACUCACCAAGACCCAGACAACCUCAUAUUCACGACCAAAGCUAUCUCGAUAGCCGCAAUCUCAUUAUCCAGAGAAAUUCAACUUCCAACAUCAACCAAAGCUGCCUCAUACUCACCAUGUCUCGAUAUUUCCCUCAUACCUCCCACGCAGAAGACCAGCCCUACGCCCGAACUCUACUCUGGUCACACAUCCUCUACCGCGGUUUUCAAACAGGUGCCACGCUCGGUCUCGCAUCAGCCGCUCUCCAACAAACAUACAAAACAGCUCGAGGACUGCCGCGAACUCCGCUCUUGUCUGGCACGACACUGGCCAUCACGGGACGAUGGGCUCUAGUCACGACGGCACUCAUGGUUCCAGCGACAAUUGGGCGGAUGUGGGGUCGUGAGGAUAUCGAGUGGAGAGAUAGGAGUUGGAGGUUGCUGGAGAACAAAGGGCAGAAAGAGGUGGAUGACUGGAGCUUGGUGGGCACAGCUGUGGGUGCUGCGGGAUUCGGAAUGGGGCAAGGAAGUGGGAUGGCGAGAGCGAUGAGAGUGGCUGGCGGAGCUGGUGUAGGGAGUAUGGUUGGUGUCGGAGGAUAUAUGGUAUGGAGAUAUGGAAUGCAUGGCGGGAAAUGGGAAGAUGAUGCCUGAGUUACAUUCUUGGAUCCCCUCCCAGAGACUACCAUUACCCUUGGUCAGGUCUGUACCGGCUUGCCGCGAAAUGAAAGCAUGGAACACCUGCCACGACGUUGGAACACUAUUCUGACUACUCCGCAAGUCCCACCAAUGGAGUCUAUCUUGGACUUUGACACAAGCACUCUCG